GCUCCGCGCGGUUCGGCCGGCUGGGGCGGGUGCGGUGGCCUCGCCGCCGGGUCCGCCGUCGCAGCGCUCGUCCGCGCCGGGAGCCCUUGGCCGCGUCACCCGGCAGCCGCGGGAGCGCUUCCUGAAGACGUGGCCAUGCAGCAUGUCAGCAGCUCCCAGAGCAGCCAUCACCACGUCCAGUGGCCCAGGGCCUGCCCCGGUGUGGGCGAGGAGCCACCAGCUUGUUCCCAGCUGCCCCCACCCCUCACGCUGCCAUCCCCCGGCUACCAUCUGCAGCCACUGAUGGAUGGGUCAGGACUCACCCAGAUCGCCCAGGGGGCCCAAGUUCAGCUCCAGCACGCGGGCACACCCAUCACGGUCCGAGAGCGGAGACUCUCCCAGCCCCACACACAGUCAGGGGGCACCAUCCACCACCUGGGACCCCAGAGCCCUGCGGCUGCGGGUGGGGCCGGCCUGCAGCCCCUGGCCAGCCCAAGCCACAUCACCACGGCCAACCUGCCACCUCAGAUCAGCAGCAUCAUCCAGGGCCAGCUGGUCCAGCAGCAGCAGGUGCUGCAGGGGCCGCCGCUGCCCCGAUCCUUGGGCUUCGAGAGGACGCCCAGCGUGCUGCUGCCUGGGGCUGGGGGCGCAGCGGGGUUUGGGAUGACCUCCCCACCCCCGCCCACCAGCCCUUCCAGGACUGCCGUGCCCCCAGGCCUUUCCAGCCUCCCACUCACGUCUGCGGGGAACAUGGGAGUGAAGAAGGCGCCCAGGAAGUUAGAGGAGAUUCCCCCAGCUUCUCCGGAGAUGGCGCAGAUGAGGAAGCAGUGCCUGGACUAUCAUUACCAGGAGAUGCAGGCGCUGAAGGAGGUCUUCAAGGAGUACUUGAUUGAACUGUUUUUCUUGCAACAUUUUCAAGGGAAUAUGAUGGAUUUCUUAGCUUUCAAGAAGGAACAUUAUGCCCCAUUACAAGCAUAUCUUAGGCAGAAUGAUUUGGACAUUGAAGAGGAGGAGGACGAGCAGGAGCACUCUGAAGUCACUGAUGGCGAGGUAAAGGUUGUGGCCAGAAUUCACAGGCAGCCUGGCUCUCCUGUGGCGAUGGCGACCCAGCUUCAGCCAAGGGCUCCUGCGGCCUUUUCACCCCAGCAGCUGCCGCUCGACGUGCUUCCCAGUGGCCCCGCAGUGCAGAUCCCCAGACUUUCCUCACUCGUAUUUGGGGACUCACUGUUACGUGGCAGAACCCAGAGCCCCUGGCAGCUGCCUCUGUACGAUCUGUCUCUGUGGACUGGAACCACUACUCGAGGGCCGCAGGUAACUGGAAUCAUGGAGUAUUCGUCCCUCUGUGUCGUUGUACUCAGCAUGGUGUCUUCUGAGUUCAUCCACGCUGGCCCCUGCAGCAGAAUCGCCCUCCUUUGUAAGGCUGAAGGUGUUCCAUGCUGUGGGCAGACGGCAUGUGUCCCAUCUGUGGACGGGCACGUGGGUUCCGCGCUGUGGGCAGACGGCAUGUGUCCCAUCUGUGGACGGGCACGUGGGUUCCGCGCUGUGGGCAGGCGGCAUGUGUCCCAUCUGUGGACGGGCACGUGGGUUCCGCGCUGUGGGCAGACGGCAUGUGUCCCAUCUGUGGACGGGCACGUGGGUUCCGCGCUGUGGGCAGACGGCAUGUGUCCCAUCUGUGGACGGGCACGUGGGUUCCGCGCUGUGGGCAGACGGCAUGUGUCCCAUCUGUGGACGGGCACGUGGGUUCCGCGCUGUGGGCAGAUGGCAUGUGUCCCAUCUGUGGACGGGCACGUGGGUUCCGUGCUGUGGGCAAACGGCAUGUGUCCCAUCUGUGGACGGGCACAUGGGUUGCUUCCAUGUCAGCUGUUGUGAACCGUGCUGCCGUGAAGGCGGGCGUACAGAUCUCUCCGGGUUCCUGCUUUCAGUUCUCUGGGGCUUAUACCCAGAGUGGAGUUGCUGGAUUACAAACUAACUCUGUGUUUAACUUGUUUAGGGAAGUCCACACCGUUUUCAUAGGAGCUGCGCCAUUUUACAUCCCACCAGCAAGAAUGAGGGUUUUCUUUCUUCACAUCCUUGCCAA